GAAGCGUUUCUCUCCCUCCUCGUAACUUUCGCAAGCGACCUCGUUCAUAACUAACUACCGGUCCCGUUUUACCUCAGAUCUGUCAGCAUCACUGUUCCGUCUCCCGGGGCCGUGUCUCCGUUAUUUGGUGCGAACGUUCCAUUUGCAUCUGAAGGCGUGUGCGCGCAGCGACAUGGCCGCGUAUAAGCUCGUGCUGAUCCGCCACGGCGAAAGCUGCUGGAACCAGGAGAAUCGAUUCUGCGGCUGGUUCGAUGCCGAUCUGAGCGAAACCGGAGUCGAGGAGGCCAAAGGGGGCGGCCAGGCCCUGAAAGAUGCGGGUUAUGAGUUCGACAUAUGCUACACGUCCGUGCUGAAGCGCGCUAUUAGGACCCUGUGGCUGGUGCUGGAUGGCAUCGAUCAGAUGUGGCUGCCUGUGCAUCGCACCUGGCGUCUGAAUGAACGCCACUACGGUGGUCUCACAGGCCUCAACAAAGCCGAGACGGCGGCCAAACACGGGGAAGCUCAAGUGAAGAUCUGGAGACGCUCCUAUGACACCCCUCCUCCACCCAUGGACCCAGAUCAUGACUUCUACACCGCCAUCAGUAAGGAACGUCGCUACGCCGACCUGACGGAGGACCAGCUGCCCUCUUGCGAGAGUCUUAAAGACACCAUAGCUCGCGCUCUGCCGUUCUGGAAUGAGGAAAUUGUUCCUCAGAUCAAAGAGGGCAAGAGAGUUCUCAUCGCUGCCCACGGCAACAGCCUGAGAGGCAUCGUGAAGCACCUGGAAGGUAUGACAGAGGAGGCGAUCAUGGAGCUGAACCUGCCCACAGGAGUCCCCAUCCUCUAUGAGCUGGACAAGAACCUGAAGCCCGUGAAACCCAUGCAGUUCCUGGGAGAUGAAGAGACGGUCCGCAAAGCCAUGGAAGCUGUCGCCGCACAGGGCAAAGCCAAGAAAUAGACAAAAACAUUGUACGAUGGUCUUUCGUUUUCCACAUUUCUCCUCGAACAACACAAUCUGUGUUGAACCACAAGUCUAGAACCAAACCAAUGACCAAUAAUAGGGACCAUCUUAAUAAAAAUUGAACUUUGCUUCAGAAAAACCUUCACUUUAACACCUUGAGUAUGUAGAUAUUAAUUAAAACUGAGCCACAAUACAUUAGGGAGGCAUUUUAGCUUGAAGUAGUCCCCGCACUGAACAUUUCAAGAUGGCACGCGUGUUUAUCUGUGAGAGCAUGGCUUUGACUGUAUCCAGGCAACAGCUUAUAAUAAUGAUUGGGUGGGCAGAAGAUUUGGCAGGUUUGGAUUCAUGCAUAAUGCCCUGUAUCUCUGUACGCCCACAGAUGCGCUCUGAAAAUAUUCCUUUCUUUGAAAGCACUCAGAAGAUAUUCUGCAACAGUCAGCAUUUAUGAUGCGAGUUGGUAAUAAAUAGCAGAUUAUAUUCCUAUGAGAUUGAAGGAGAUAUUUAUGAAGAUGGUUGUUUUUGUCCUUUGUCUGGUAAUUUUACAGUAACUGUAUGUAAUCAUACUGUCGUCUGUGUCAUAUUCACUGUAUUUUGGCCCAGGUUUUGAUGUAUUCCACAAACAUUUACCCAAAAGUGAAUUUGAAUUGAUAUUCAUGCAUUUGCUCAUCCUUCACAUAUUAGUUUGGGGAAAACUUGAUCGAAAGAGUGUUCUACUUUGUUUGCUUACAUGAGUAAUGUGCAAUCCCAAUAAAUGUUGGCUAACUUAAGCAGAAA